AUGUUGUGUCAUGAACAACAACUGCUUGAUCUGGUCGCGCAGGGCAGAAGGAACUGUUCUGGCGCAGGCAGCAGAUGCAGGGUCCAGGUAUAAAUCCAAUUACAACGAAGACAGAAAUCCUGUCCUGCUAUUUCUCAGCAGACAUGGAAGAUAAGUCUAUCCUUGAGCAGGAGUUCAGACGACAGACGACUCCCGCCAUCAACCAAAAGCGGGCAAGUUAAAAACAGCAGAAACAAAUGAUUAAGAUGAAUUAUACGACCGACUUCUUCAGCGACAUAUACAGCGCCGUAUUAGUAAACUGUUUGUAACAUACGCAAAGGAUUUUGCCAUCGCGUCUAACGGAGUUCUUCCCGCGGACUAUUUCUGGAAUUAGAUCGUUAUCAUGGAAAUGUACACUGACGUCCUACUUGUCACCGCAAAUGUUGGAUCAUUAUUCGACAAUGUGGGUGAGAUUGAGAGUGACUGGAUGCGAGAAUUCUUUGGGACAGUCCAGAGUCACAAACCACGGUUCAUCGCCCUGCACUUCCAGGAGGUUGGAGGGAAGGACUACAUGGUCAACAUGGGCCAUGCAGAGAACUUCUUUUGGAACAUUGAGUCCAAUAAGGAGAUGAGGGACUUUGACAGGGUCUGCACCUAUGUGGACAACCACUUCAAGAACGUGGACAGCUUCACUGCCUUGGGAAGCAUGUACUUCAUCCAUAAGUCAUUGAAAAACAUCUACCAAUAUGAUUUUAAUGUUAAGGAUUUUAAAGCAGUGUCUGGACAGAACAAGUUUGUGGGCUCCCUGGAUGAAGUAACCACAGUGGAGAAAGAAAAAUUCCUGAAGAAUUUCUGGCCCGAUUUCAAAUGGUCUAGGAAGGGCUUUAUGAGGACCCGGUGGAUCAUUCACAACCAGGGUCUGGACCUAGUCAACGUACACCUCUUCCAUGAUGCCUCCAACCUCAUUGCCUGUAACGCCAGUCCCUCCAUUUACUCAGACAACCGCCAGAAGGCCCUGAGAUAUGUCAUCAACAGGAUAUCAGACAGCAGCUACACCCCACUCCCCUUCUUCUUGUUUGGGGAUUUCAACUUCCGCCUGGACACCCUUAGCCUGGUCCAGAACUUGUCCACUUCAGCAGUGGUGCAGACAGUGAAGAAGGACAGCAGUAAUGAGGUGGAAAAAAUUAUCUGUGAGCAGAAGGACAAUGACCACAAGGUUCUUCUCCAUAUUGAGACCAAGAUAUUUGCCUACCUGCACCAGGCAGUGUUCACAGAGGACAACGGCAGAGCGAUUCUGAAGUAUGACAAGGAGAUCUCAGCCUUUCAAGAUGUCAUUACAGAGGAAGACAUCCUGUUUCCACCCAGUUACCCAUACAGUGAGGACUACACUAAACCCACCCAGUACGUGAACACUCGCUGCCCCUCCUGGUGUGACCGCAUUCUCAUGUCUCACACUGCCCAAGACAUCAUCCACAGGAGAGAUGAGGGAGCGAGCAGUGUGGUUUACAACACAAUGGGCCCUAAUGUCUGCAUGGGAGACCACAAGCCUGUUUUCUUGUCCUUUGCACUGAAGACGAAUGGCCAUUGACAAGGAUCCCGCUCAAUGGAAUGCCAGUAUCUAUCCAACACAAGUCCCACUGGCCAUCACCAUCACACUCCCACUCCACUAUCUGUACCAGAGGAUAAAAAGAACAGCUCCUCUCCCUGAUGUGCAUGCAGUCAGUCAGUAUCCACCCCACCAGGUCUCUCACGUUCUCUUCUCCUCUCACUCCAAGUUAUUGAUUGCCAUGGCUUGGGUGACAUCACCACAGAUUUGAUCAUCAGCAUUAUGGAUUUUUUGACGGACAAUUUGCUCUGUUCUGUGCUGGGCCAUAUAUCUUAAAUCGUCUGAACCCAAAAUACACAGAGAUGCAGGGUUAUUUUUUUGAGUCCUACCUUCAGUGCUCGACCAUUGGAACCAGAGUAUGUGUGGCAGAUUGCUGGAUGGAAUAGGGCCAACGAAAAGACAAUGUGGGACUGCUGAUGUUGAGCCCAUGGUCUUGUCAUGGAGGGCGCAAGUCUGUCCCAAUGGGAUUAAGGAGACAUGUGAGGACACACACACUGGCAUCUUGCCAAGUAAAUACCCUAACUUCAGCUGAUCAAACGGUUUUCAAGUGUCAAGGGUUUACGGUUAAGUAUUCCUUCUGAUAUCCCUGAAUGGAAUAUGCAUGCAUGCUUUUCAGUUGUAUUUUAGUAGUCUUUUAUUUUACCUAUUUAUUUUUAAACUUUUAACUGGUUACUAUCAAUAUAAGUAUGCUUAAAUCAAAUAUUUAGAAACACAAUAAACAAAAGCAACUACAGUAUUUCAAUGCACCCUCAGCAUGUUUGGCCAGCUUGCAUCCCUCUUCAGAAUAGAGCAGUAGCAUAAUACACAUUUCUCUGUGCAUUCUCAUGUUGUGUUUUCUUUUGUUAAAAACAUACAUUUCACCAGUACAUACAGUGCCUUCAGAAAGUAUUCAUACCCCUUGACUUAUUUCACAUGUUGUUGUGUUAAAGCCUAAUUCCAAAAAUGGAUUACAUUUUAAAAAAUCUCACCCAUCUACACGCAAUACCCCAUAAUGUCAAAGUGAAACAUGCUUUUAUACAUUUUAGCAAAUUUAUUGAAAAUGAAAUACAGAAACAUCUCAUUUACAUAAGUAUUCAGAACCCGGAGUCAAUGCUUUUUAAAAGCGAUUACAGCUGUGAAUCUUUUUGGGUAAGUCUCUAAGAGCUUUACACACCUGGAUUGUACAAUAUUUGCCCGUUAUGCCUCUUAAAAUUCUUCAAGCUCUGUCAAGUUGAUUGUUGAUCAUUACUAGACAGGCGCUAUUAAGUCUUGCCAUAGAUUGUCAAGCCGUUUUAAGUCAAAACUGUAACUAGGCCACUCAGGAACAUUCAAUGUCAUUUUGGUAAGCAACUCCAGUGUAGAUUUGGCCUAGUGCUUUAUAAAAAUAAAUACCUUUUUUACCCUUUUUUCUCCCCCAAUUUCGUGGUAUCCAGUUGGUAGUUACAGUCUUGUCUCAACGCUGCAACUCCCGUACGAGAGCCGUGCAUCCUCCGGAACACAACCCAGCUAUGGUGCUAGCAAAGACUUAUAGAUGACCUGGAGCCAGUGGGUUUUGCGACGAAUAUGUAGCGAUGGCCAGCCAACGAGAGCAUACAGGUCGCAGUGGUGGGUACUAUAUGGGGCUUUGGUGACAAAACGGAUGGCGCUGUGAUAGACUACAUCCAGUUUGCUGUGUAGAGUAUUGGAGGCAAUUUUAUAAAUGACAUCGCCGAAGUCAAGGAUCGGUAGGAUAGUCAGUUUUACGAGGGUAUGUUUGGCAGCAUGAGUGAAGGAGGAUUUGUAGCGAAAUAGGAAGCCGAUUCUAGGUUUAAUUUUGGAUUGGAGAUGCUUAAUGUGAGUCUGGAAGGAGAGUUUACAGUCUAACCAGACACCUAGGUAUUUGUAGUUGUCCACAUAUUCUAAGUCAGAACCGUCCAGAGUAGUGAUGCUAGUCGGGCGGGCGGGUGCGGGAAGCAAUCGGUUGAAGAGCAUGCAUUUAGUUUUACUAGCAUUUAUAAGCAGUUGGAGGCCACGGAAGGAGUGUUGUAUGGCAUUGAAGCUCGUUUGGAGGUUUUUUAACACAGUGUACAAAGAAGGGCCAUAAGUAUACAGAAUAGUGUCGUCUGCGUAGAGGUGGAUCGGAGAAUCACCAGCAGCAAGAGCGACAUCCUUGAUAUAUACAGAGAAAAGAGCCGGCCCGAGAAUUGAACCCUGUGGCACCCCCAUAGAGACUAGUUUAGUAUUGUGGAGUGAGUAUAAUGUUGUUGAUCCAUCGUCAGUUUUCUCAUAUCACAACCAAAAUCACAAAAAUCCCUGAGUAGUUUCCUUCCUCUCCUCCAACUGAGUUAGGAAGGACACCUAUAUCUUUUUAGUGACUGGGUGUAUUAAUACAUCCUCAAAAGCCUAAUUAAUAACUUUGCCAUACUCAAAGGGUUAUUUAGCAGCGUCUGCUUUUUAUUUUUGUAUUUAGGCUUGCCAUAACAAAGGGGUUGAAUACUUAUUUGACUAAAGGCAUUUAAACUUUACAUUUAUUAUUAAUUUCAAAAAUAAUUAUUUAAAAAAAAUCAAUUUUAUGGGGUAUUGUGUGUGCAUCAGUGACACAAAAUCUAAAUGUAUCCUAUUUCUAGUACAGGCUCUGACAACAAAAUGUCGAAAAAGUAAAGGGGUGUGAAUACUUUCUGAAUGCACUGUACAUACUCUCCCAGCUCAUCCCUCGAACAGUCGAACUUUAAAGAAAAAUGCCACGCUGAGGUCUCUUUUCCUAACCUCCUUCCAUAGCUAUGGUUAUAACUCAGCUUAAAUCAAUAAGAUCAUGUAAAAGACCAGUGGGGCCAGAUUCAGGCUGGGAGCCCAUCAGGUCAGUAUGAAAAAUGGAAAUGCCCUCCCUCCCCAUUGGACCUCUACCUUGAAUUCCCGCAGACUCUAAAGUAUAAUAUCUACAUGCUGCUGAAUACUGAUUAUGUGUGACGGGGAAUAUAAGCUUGUUGUGUGCAACAGAGUGGCAAUUGAAUGCAAGCUUCACCCCAGAAAUGUAAUUGUUAAAUAAAAUGUAGACUGUCUAUAUGUGGGUAACAGGGUUGACGUGUUGUUCCUGACCCGCUCAGUUCUCCACCACAAAACACCAGAAAAUGGCCAAAAAGAGUAGAACCAGCUCACCCGCUUCUACACUAUGAUUUGACAAUUAGAUGUUAAUGUUUCUUUUGGAAAAACGAUAUUUAAAAAGGAGUAGUUUAACCAUAUUAAAUGAAGAGUUCAGUUCAUGUAACAGGGUUGACCUUAAAAUGAGGAACAGACAUAAAUUAAUCACUAAUCACAUGAAAUAAAUUAUCUUCAGAAAUGACUGUCAAAGCAACAAAAUAGCUAGGGCUUUACAAUGAUGGUGAAAACUUGGAGAAGUGUUGGGGUUAAGUGGGUUAAUCUUCCUAGAAGUCACAGAGGGUACACGGAGGGAUGUUUAGAGAGUCUUUACUCAUCUGAUUUAUUGAAUUAUCUGUGUGGUCUAUAUUAAAGGGCACUUAAUUGAAUAUAACUGGCUUUUAAAAUUAAAUAUUUGUGCAUCAUUUAUUCUUAAAAUAUCAAAGGGACGCAAAAGACACUCAUUUCGUGGAACGACCCAUCUAUUGUUUUACUGUUUCAGUUACUGUGAUCAGUUUAACUUCUGCCAAAUCACUAUAACUUAUUUACCAUACAAUUAUUUUAAAUUAAUGUGUCUGAAAUGGAUGUCUGAUACCACAGCCACACACAAAAUCACAUGCAAGCACGCACGUACACACCCAGGCACAUGCUCACACAAACACACGCAAAGUUCACAACAUUUUAAGCUUGAAACCACUAUAUUAUUUUGGUUGAAGUUAUUUUAUUGAUUUGAUCUAUUUUCCGUGUUCUAUGCUGAUUUGUGCUGCAGCAGAUCUUUGUUCAUUGUCCAUCCUCUGUAUUUUGUAUGAAAUGGAUGGCUGGUUUGCAUAAUUUUGUUUUAUUAUGGACUAAUUCAAAGACUUUUAAAAUAUAAUCAUGGUUUUCGUGUUAUUUUAUAGUUGUAUGUGUUAUUCAGAAUGCACUUAAAUGAUCAAUGCAUAUUAAUGACUUUUUUAUUUUUCUGUUAUACUCUCUAUAUUUUGAGGUAGAAAAUGCAUAAUUUGUAAUCAAUCUUCCUCUGUAGUAUGUGUUGACUGAUUUACACUCAAUCUGCUGUGAAGUAAUUGUAGACUGAUAAUACCAGGAUUCAUUAGUUCAAAUGUAUAGAUCAUCCUUUUAAUCUGGACCCUCUCAAAUUUCCUUACGUUUGUUUACAAUUAAUGAUUGAUGUGUCUGCGUGGAAAUUGCAAGGCCUACCUGUCAAUAAUAUAUUUGUAGUAGUUGAUUCAUGUUAUGGUCAACAUAUUCUAAUAAUGCCCUCCAGGGAAUGCUCUUGGUUUGGAGUUCAACAUGAGGCCAGUAGUAUUGUUAGAUGGAGUGGACUAAUGUUGUUUGUCAUUUCUGGUUGAACACAAACAAACACUACAUUCUUGUAAUGCUUCCAGUUUUGUAAAUAAAUGUUGACCACUGCAAUUACA